UUUCAGAUUAGAAGCUGCUCAGGAGUACGCACUUUUUCCUGAUAUUGUAAAGGUCUCUUCACAGCCAUGAAGGUACUUCUAGUUGCUGCAGUGGUUGCCCUGAUUCAUGGCAGUUAUGCCACUUUGCUCAUUAAAGGGCCCACCGAGCCGGUUCUGGAGGGAGACAGUGUCACACUGGAGUGUCUGUACGAAGACUCUGAGCUCAACGUCAGCCAGGUCCAUGUUGAGAUCUUCUCCAAGUACAUGCAGAGGUGGACUCGAGCUUGGAGUUUCCAACAUAGGUGCUUUACUGAUUUCAGCUGGCCAGAACAAGAACCAGUCCUGCGCAUCCACUUUGUAGGAAGGGGCAAUGAGGGGCCCUACCGCUGUGUGUCCAACGCUGAAAAUGUGACUGAGCAGGACAGCUUCUCCCAGCCGCUGUCCCUCAAAGUGCAUUAUAUGGACAAACCGUCACUGUCCAGGGAAGGCUACACCAGCUACCUGAGUGUCCCAGAGGACCUGAAGGUGCGACUCGGGGAUGAUGUGGUGGUGAAGUGCUCUACCUUAUCAUCAGAGGAGCCGAACUACUUCUGGAAUAGAGACGGUGACGACUGGAUCCUGCCUUCCUCUACGCUGACCCUGAGGAAGAUCAGCGCAACGGAUGGGGGAGAGUACACCUGCAUGGCCGAGCAUCCCUCUAUAAAGUCACUCAGCAAGAAACGCACCAUCAGCAUCACCGUGCUGCCUGAGGAUGCCCCCUGGUAUGAGAGUAGUAAUGGCCGUCUCAUCCUGAUGACCUCGGCAGCGGCUGUCUCUCUCUUGGUGUUCAUCGUCUCCAUGAGCGUAUUCCUGUGCCGCAGGGCCAAGCAGACCAAGACCAGCAAGGGACCCAUUGAUGACCGGUCUCAGAAAAAGCCCAUCUACAAAGCCAGUGUGGAGUCCCUGCCCUCCACCUGCGCAGACAAACAACCUCUGGUUUGACUGCACAGGCGAGUAGAAGGAUGAAGAGGGUGGGGGGAGGAAGAAGAUGGAGCGAAAGGCGAGCUAGAUGGAGUGGGUGGCCAGAAAAUGAGCAAUGGCAUAUAGGGGAUACUUAAAGAGGGAGGAGGUGGUAAAGGGUUAUGGAUGGUUACAUUGGGGGAGGAGAGAAGGGAAGCAACGAGGAUACUUGGAGACUGCAGGGAAGGCAGAGCAAAAUCAAAAUCAGUAACAAGUUGGGUGUGGGAAAAAAAACUGAAGGGCAAAUGAUUGCUUUAGAGACACAGAGGCGGCUUUGCUUGUGGGUGUAGGCUUCAGUUAUGCAUCUUGAAGAGAAAGGUUGGCAAUUUUCUCUUCAUUUAUUCUGCAGCGUGGAAAAUGGUGAGCUACAUUCUUAGCAAAACGAUGGGAGAUUAAUCUUGUGUGGGGUAAGAGCUGCGAAGACUCAAUGCAAUUCUCUCUUCUGUUACAAACAUAAUUACUCAGCUGUGUGCUAUGAAUGAACCAUUUAGGUGAUAGGACAAGGUUUUAUUUUGUUGAUUUUGUUUCCCUUUUCAACCUUUUUUUACCCUAAAGCAGAAGCAGCUCAAAGCAUAUUUGAGAAGGUUAUUAUAAUCUCUUUACUGUGACAGCUCUCAAGCACAUUGCACUCUACUAUUUAAUUCACUGUAUUUUGGAUUUCUUUGGUAUUAAAUGGCUUUCAGAAAAUGUUA